UUGCUCGCGCCGUGCGGGGAGAGGAGUGUAGCUGGCAGUGCUGGGAGGAUCCAGUUCAUGUAACCGCGCUUGGGCCGCGAGCUUUCGCUGUCAUUCGUACACAGUUACUACCUGCUGUCCGUCCACACUGCUGAGGCCCGGUUUGGCUGUGGGAAUAGAACCAGGAGCGACAUCUCCCGUUGCACACAGCACCGUCUUCGUUAGCGCGUCCGGUCAAAACAGAAGAAUCAUGCCCGAGAGGAGGCCCUUCGUGCGGUUACCAACGGACGUGUUCCCCGUCAACUACGGGCUGUGUCUGAAGCCCGACCUGAUCGACUUCACCUUCGAGGGCAAAUUGGAGGCGCUGGUGGAGGUUACACAAGCCACAAAUCAGAUUGUAAUGAACUGUGCUGACAUCGACAUCAUCACUGCUUCCUUUGUUCCACAGGGAGCUGAAGAAAUUAAUGCUACAGGAUUUAACUAUCAAAACGAGGAUGAGAAAGUCACCCUGUCAUUUCCUAGUCCUCUACAAAAAGGCUCUGGCAUGUUGAAGAUCGACUUUGUGGGGGAGCUGAAUGACAAAAUGAAAGGAUUCUAUAGAAGUAAAUAUACCACCCCUUCUGGAGAGGUCCGCUACGCUGCUGUCACACAGUUUGAGGCUACGGACGCUCGCAGGGCUUUCCCCUGCUGGGACGAGCCAGCUAUCAAAGCCACAUUUGACAUCACUCUGAUAGUUCCCAAGGACCGAGUAGGCUUGUCAAAUAUGAAUGUCAUUGAUCACAAGCCAUAUCCAGAGGAUGCAAACCUUGUGGAAGUCAAGUUUGCCACCACACCCAUCAUGUCCACAUACCUUGUAGCUUUUGUCAUUGGCGAAUAUGACUAUGUGGAGAGCCAGUCAUCAGAUGGCAUCACGGUCCGCGUCUACACGCCUGUUGGGAAAGCAGAACAAGGGAAAUUUGCCCUGGAGGUUGCGACAAAGACCUUACCAUUCUACAAAGACUACUUCAGUGUUCCUUAUCCGCUGCCUAAAAUUGAUCUGAUAGCAAUUGCUGACUUUGCUGCUGGUGCCAUGGAAAACUGGGGCCUUGUUACCUACAGGGAGACGGCGCUGCUCAUCGACCCAAAGAACUCCUGCUCGUCCUCCAGGCAGUGGGUGGCACUGGUGGUCGGGCACGAGCUCGCCCACCAGUGGUUCGGAAACUUGGUCACCAUGGAAUGGUGGACCCAUCUGUGGCUCAAUGAGGGGUUUGCAUCUUGGAUCGAGUACCUGUGUGUGGACCACUGCUUCCCCGAGUAUGACAUCUGGACCCAGUUUGUCUCAGCCGACUACACCCGCGCUCUGGACCUGGAUGCGCUGGACAACAGUCAUCCCAUAGAGGUGAAUGUGGGCCACCCGUCAGAGGUGGAUGAGAUCUUUGAUGCCAUCUCCUAUAGCAAAGGAGCGUCUGUGAUCCGCAUGCUGCACAACUACAUAGGAGACGAGGACUUCAGGAAGGGAAUGAACGCCUAUCUUUUGAAGUUCCAGCAUAAAAAUGCUUCAACAGAGGACCUAUGGGACUGUCUGGAACAGGCCAGUGGGAAACCCAUCGCUGCCGUGAUGGGCUCAUGGACCAAGCAAAUGGGCUUCCCCAUUAUUGUUGUAGACGAGGAACAGCAAGGUGACAACCGCGUCCUCAAGAUCUCUCAGAAGAAGUUCUGUGCUAGUGGGCCACAUAACGGUGAGGAUUGCCCCACCUGGAUGGUUCCCAUUAGCAUUUGUACCAGUGAGGAUCCUAAAUGCACCAAACUGAAGGUUCUGCUGGACAGACCUGACACAACUAUCACACUGAACGGCAUCGGUCCAGAACCGUGGGUAAAGAUCAACCCCGGCACCGUGGGCUUCUACCGCAUCCAGUACAGCUCGUCCAUGCUGGAGAGUCUGCUGCCGGGCAUCCGAGAUCUCAGCCUGCAGCCUGUUGAUCGACUCGGCCUGCAGAACGACCUCUUUUCCCUGUCUCGUGCAGGUAUGAUCAGCACAGUAGAGGUGCUGAAGCUGAUGGAGGCGUUCGUCAAUGAGCCAAACUACACUGUGUGGAGCGAUCUGAGCUGCAACCUGGGGGUGCUGUCCUCGCUGCUGUCCCACACCGACUUCCACGAGGAGAUCCAGGAGUUCAUACGAGACCUCUUCACACCCAUUGGCCUGCAGCUGGGCUGGGACAGCAAACCAGGAGAAGGUCACCUGGAUGCCCUGCUGAGAGGUCUGGUCCUGGGGAAACUGGGGAAGGCAGGACACAAAGCCACUCUGGAGGAGGCCCGGCGGAGAUUCAAAGAGCAUGUGGAGGGGAAGCAGAUCCUGCCUGCAGACCUCAGGAGCCCGGUGUAUUUAACAGUGCUGAAGCAUGGAGACAGUGGCACGCUGGACACGAUGCUGAAGCUCCACAAACAAGCAGACAUGCAGGAGGAGAAGAAUCGUAUUGAGCGAGUGCUGGGCGCCAUCUCAGCCCCCGACCUCAUCCAGAAAGUUCUCACCUUCGCCCUCUCGGAAGACGUCCGUCCUCAGGACACCGUGUCAGUGAUCGCAGGCGUUGCAGGAAGCAGUAAACAAGGCCGGAAAGCUGCCUGGAAGUUUGUCAGGGACAACUGGGAGGAGCUUUACAACCGCUACCAGGGCGGCUUCCUCAUAUCACGACUCAUCAAGCUCACAGUCGAUGGAUUCGCUAUUGACAAAAUGGCAGCUGAAGUGAAGAGUUUCUUUGAGAGUCACCCGGCCCCAGCGGCUGAGCGUACGGUGCAACAGUGCUGUGAGAAUAUCCUCCUCAACGCCGCUUGGCUGAAGCGCGACGCAGACGACAUCCAUCAGUAUCUACUGCGGCGCAAAGCACCCCCUGUCUGAACCGCCGCACCCCAGCGCCGCCUCCUCCAGCUCCCUGACCCCUCCUCCAGUGCGGACAUCCCAGCAUCAUAGCUGCCUCGGCCCCCACCCUCCUCAGUACAGACCGGAGCGGGAGAGCAGAGCGUCCCAGCAGGCUUCAUUUCUCAAUAGAACCUGUAUGAAACCAGAAGGCACAGCCAAGAACUUCACAAAGUGUUGGAAACACACAGACUCUUUCUACAUUAACAAAAUCUGUUUUAGUCAGAGCAGGAAUGUAGCUGUAGCCCCAUUCUGCCCACGAGGAGACGAACCUUGUUGUUGAACCAGUGUAGAACGGCCCUUGCCCUGCUGGAUGCAUCCCUCCACCUUAACUGGGAAAAACUGGGAAAACUGUGAACCCCCCUUCCCUUCCUACACCCCUGUUUCCUGCUGCUGCUCAGUUUUUAAUGCAUGAAGUGUGAUUCUCUGCAUUUGCUGCUUUAUUUACUCCUGUUUUCUGUAAAAACAAAUGAUUUUACAUUUUAUUUCCUCCCCGUGUUUGUCCACACACUUCUCCUCUCCUCUCCGGCAGAAAGCACCUGGGCAGAUUGGGGUUAAAAACAGCAAUAGUGUGUGUUGUAGUUUCCAAAGGCACUGAUUCUUCAUUGCUAAUAAACGGUUAGGGCGAGGCGAGCAGCGCUAGCAUGGUACUACAUUGUAAACUAUAUAAUGCAAGCAUUUUUUUGCAGACGAUGUUCCUUUGAAAGAAUUAAAUGGAAAACAUUUAUGGUUA